AGAAAGGGAGGGGUGGGGAGGAUCGAGGACGGCCGGCCUAGGCAGGCCAAGAAUGCAAUUGCCCCGGUGGUGGGAGCUGGGAGACCCUUGUGCUUGGACAGGACAGGGUCGGGGGACACGCAGGAUGAGCCCCUGGACCACUGGCACCUUCUUGCUGACAGCUUUUUUAUUAAGCUGUGCUGAUGGCAUAAAUGGAACAGUUAACUGGAAGACCAAACAGGCCAACAGCUUUAUUAUCAGCAGAAAAAUGGCUGCUGGGAAGAAUCAUGUGUACACCAUCUUCUCCAAGGUGCACUCGGAUCGCGAUGUGUACCCCUCUGCUGGUGUCCUCUUUGUUCAUGUUUUGGAAAGAGAGUCUUUUAAGGGAGAAUUUCCACCUUACCCCAAACCUGGCGAGAUUAGUAAUGAUCCCAUAACAUUUAACACAAACUUAAUGGGUUAUCCAGACCGACCUGGAUGGCUUCGAUAUAUCCAAAGGACACCGUAUAGUGAUGGAGUCCUAUAUGGAUCGCCAACAGCCGAAAAUGUGGGGAAACCAACAAUCAUUGAGAUAACUGCCUACAAUAGGCGUACCUUUGAGACUGCAAGGCAUAAUUUGAUAAUUAAUAUAAUGUCAGCGGAAGACUUCCCGUUACCAUAUCAAGCAGAAUUCUUCGUUAAAAAUAUGAAUGUAGAAGAAAUGCUGGCCAGCGAGGUUCUCGGAGACUUUCUUGGGGCAGUGAAAAACGUGUGGCAGCCCGAGCGUCUGAAUGCCAUAAACAUCACGUCAGCCCUGGACAGGGGUGGCAGGGUCCCGCUCCCUAUUAAUGACAUGAAGGAAGGUGUGUAUGUCAUGGUUGGUGCAGAUGUCCCGUUUUCUUCUUGUUUACGAGAAGUCGAAAAUCCACAGAAUCAGUUGAGAUGCAGUCAAGAAAUGGAGCCUGUAAUCACAUGUGAUAAAAAAUUCCGUACUCAGUUUUACAUUGACUGGUGCAAAAUUUCACUGGUUGAUAAAACAAAGCAAGUGUCCACCUAUCAGGAAGUGAUUCGCGGAGAGGGGAUUUUACCUGAUGGUGGGGAAUACAAACCCCCUUCUGAUUCCUUGAAAAGCAGAGACUAUUACACGGAUUUCCUAAUUACCCUGGCUGUGCCCUCGGCAGUCGCAUUGGUCCUUUUUCUAAUACUUGCUUAUAUCAUGUGCUGCCGACGGGAAGGCGUGGAAAAGAGAAACAUGCAAACACCAGACAUCCAGCUGGUGCAUCAUAGUGCUAUUCAGAAAUCUACCAAAGAACUUCGUGACAUGUCCAAGAAUAGAGAGAUAGCAUGGCCACUGUCAACGCUUCCUGUGUUUCACCCUGUAACAGGGGAAAUCAUUCCUCCUCUGCACGCAGACAAUUAUGAGAGCACUAACAUGCCAUUGAUGCAAACGCAGCAGAACUUGCCACAUCAGACUCAGAUUCCCCAACAGCAGACUACAGGUGAGUACUAAAUAAACUGAUGUACUAAUACAUGGAUGUUUAUGAGUGACGUUAAUAGAUUAAAAGCUAAUUAUAGCACUCUAUAAUUUCUGAAGCUUUAGCUUUAGCAAGUAAGGCAAAACAAUUGUGUCGUUCCUUAAUCAGAGUUAGAACUUCAGAAUAAUAGCUUGGAUUAUUGGUUAGGUUGGCAUCAGCGCGAUAAACACAGGGUAAAUGAUCUUAGAGCAAAAGCGUCCGUGGAGGUCCCGUCUAAUUAAGGGAGACGGAAUGAAAUCCCUUCCUUCAGCCAAGCUCCCUAUUCUUCCCCGUGGUAUGAAAGAUCCUGAGCUUAGAUGCACCCAGGAUUUGUCUCAGUAAGUGAGCAGCUUGAAACUGACUCUUACAAAAGGAAACCAUUGUGGCUAAUCACUGAGGCUUCAGGGGGAUAAAUGAGAAAUGGUUGGCCCGUCCUAAUGCCACUUUUAAAAGCCUCAUCACAUGGCCAAUGACGACAAGAUGGUGGACAAUCCUCCCUGGACUAUUCUGUUUCCCUAAGACUUGCUUUCUUUUGGUUUAUUUCUUUCAAGUGUCCCUAAAAAUUUUCCACAGCCAAUUAUUUCAUUCAUCUCAGUACCGAGUAGAUAACUUAUUCAUGAUUGUCUUCUAAUUAGUGGUUGGUUCCUAGUUCUAAUUGCCAGGCAACCAGUAAUGCCUUUUUAGCUCUUUUGGAAAAGCAAGAGAAGUUUGAAAAAUGUUGUAAGUUGGAUGUGGAAUUCCGAGCCUGAAUAGUGGUAUUGUGGUAGGGGAGCUACUAAGUACGUCUCUUAAAAACAUCAGGCACAUAUAGAAAUGUAUUGGAUAUUUUCAUUCAAAAAUUAUCUUCUCUGUUACUGCUUUCGGGAAUUUAAGGAGAUUUUCGUUUGACAACUUUUCAAAGAUUUGAGGCAAGUAUAAUGAAGUUGUUCAUCAGAUUUUAAUUACGAGAUAACAUUUAUCAGGAUUUCCCCCCACAAUUUUGAUUACUUGUUUUAAUUAAGUGCUAACAUGUUUCAACAAGACUGUUCAAUAUAUCGAUGUAAACAUUCAGGAGAUUGAUGAAGGGACAAACUUUGUUAUAAAUAUGUUAUCUAAAGAGCAAAGAAAUAAAUGAAUUCCCACUACUUCUAAUUACAUGGCUUUUAGUUUUUUAAAGAGGAAAAAAAUUUAAAGACUAGUUCUACAAUGGAAAUGCUAAAACUUCUUUAACCUGAUAGACUUCCAUCUCUCCAGAGACGUCUUUCCUCUGAUUUUUAAUUAUUUCAGGCAAGGAA